CCGCGCGCUCCCCGGAGCCUCGCCGCGAAGCCCGCAAGCCGCGGAGGCUGCCGGCGCCGCCCCCCUGCGGCCGCCCCGCCGACCGGAGCCGGCCGCCCUGCCUGGCUGGGGCCGCGAUGUCUCCGGUCACCCACCUCGCCCUCGACAUGGACAAGCUGGCCGGGCUGGGCAGUGAUUGGGACACCCCCAAGAGGAAAAAAAAGCUCCACAUGGACUUCAAAAAGGAGUGGUCCUCACAAGAUUCAGUGUCUUCAGAGUCUGCAGAUUCAGGUGUUGGCCCAGAUUCCCCCGUGGAGCCAGAUGUGGAGAUGUUAGAUGACGAUCUGUAAUCGCUUCCCCUCCGGAGAAUCAAGUCCUUACCGGUGAGGCUUCUGGGGGCCAGCCCUAUCCUCAGGAACAUUUCACACUGCAAGCAGUGCAACGGUCCUGGCCAGAAGAGUUUGGCUCCCCAAGGCGACAUGGAAAAUGAAGGGGUCAUUUUUAAGAAGCCCUCCCGACCGACAAGCAGACUGUCUUCCUCUGGGGGGCAGGGGGAGAGGGGGCCCUUUGCCCAGAGGCCAAAUUCUGCCCCACAGCUGAUGUGCUGCAGCCCUCAGAAGGAGAACGUGAAUCCCGAGGCUGAGAGUCCAAUCUACCUGCGCCGUUCAUCUUUAACGUCCUUCAUGAACGAUGAAGAUGAUGAUGGCUUUCUGGAAAUCCUAGACGAAGAGGAGCUGAAGGGUGAUGCUGAUGUCCCUUCGGGCAUGGAGAACCUGCUGACGGCUCCACUUGUGAGGAAAGAGAGUGAACCCAGCCUGACGAUGGCGGGGAGCGCCAGGUACCAGCGCCUCUUCCGGUCGCCGUCCAUGCCCAGCAGCGCCAUCCGGCCCAUCAUGAAACGGUUGGACCGGGCCCAUGAGAAGGAUGCCCCUGUGAAGACCAAGCGGCGGAAGAGCCUGAACGGCAGUGCCAUUGUGGAGAAGGAGGAGGAAGCGAAGCCUCGGCUGGUCCGGUCCCGUUCCUGCUGUCCCAGCGAGAUUGCAAACAUCCUGGACAACGACCAGCGGGAGCUAAUCGGCGACUUCUCAAAGGCGUACGUCCUCCAGACCGUGGAAGGGAAGCACCAAGACCUCAAGUACAUUUCUUCAGAAAUAAUGGUGGCGGUGCUGAACGGCCAGUUCAACAACCUCAUUGAAAACUGUGUGAUCGUGGACUGUCGAUACCCGUAUGAAUACGAAGGCGGGCACAUCAAGGGAGCUGUGAACCUUCCCCUGGAGAAGGACGUGGAGGAGUUCCUUCUCACAAAGCCCAUUGUGCCCUGUGAUUCUGCCAAGCGGGUGAUAGUGGUCUUCCACUGUGAGUUCUCGUCGGAAAGAGGGCCCCGGAUGUGCCGUUUUGUUCGGGAAAAAGACAGAGCUUGCAAUGCGUACCCCUUUCUCCACUAUCCAGAGCUGUAUGUUUUGAAAGGGGGCUAUAAGGAAUUUUUCCCCCAGUAUCAGAAUCACUGUGAGCCGCAGAACUACCGUCCAAUGCACCACAAGGACUUUAAGGAAGACUUGCGCACCUUUCGCCUGAAGAGCCGCACGUGGGCCGGGGAGAAGAGCAAGCGAGAGCUCUACAAUCGUCUCCAGAGCUGCUGAGAGGCGGAAGAGGCGUGGCGGGGGGUAGUUUGGGCUGGGAGGGGGGUAGGAA